UUUGUCCCGUUACAUCAGUGCGCCCAGAGGCUCAAACCGGAGAAACUAGAAUGCUUCAGAGUCGAGAAGGAAAAGUUCCGUUUCCUCGCGUCAAACUGUGAGGAAAAUGGCGAGUCUGUGGAGGCUGAAGAAGCUUAACGAGCAGAAAGCUUAUGUGAAUGGAGUAUAUUUUUACAUUGAGGUGAAGAAACUGUGUCUUCAACGGAGUACAGAACAACGCGAGCGUUCAUUGCGUGGAAAAGGAAACGUCAACUUUGUAAACGUUACAGUAUGACGCGUAAUGUGGAUUAUAUGCGCCGUUGGCAGCGACCGAAAGAAUUAUAAGAAACUCUUCCGCGUCGAACAGGAGAGAAUUUAUCACGUUUGGAUGGAUUUUAACGUAUAGAAAUUGUGAUCGAUACAUUUGAAAGAUGUUUACCUCGCGUAUAACGGGACAACACUCACCUUCGGUUCGCGCGACUUGCGCGCGAACGCACUUUGCAGAUAUUAGAUAAUCACAGUCGGUCAUUUCACUCCAGUAUGCCCAUAUCAGUUUGAGGAGAUUGUUGUGUAUGACUAAUCUGCUGUAUUGACUGUGCGAUGGCCCUCAGGUCCAGAAGACCGUUGGUGAGCGUCAUCGUGGGGGUUUUUCUGGGCUUCACCGCCGCGUCGUGGCUGGUUGUCCCCAGAGUUGUGGAGACCAGUGUGAAGAACAGAAGAUCUUCAGUUUGUACAUACUACAGUAAUGCCAGGGCUCAGGCUAAAGUUUCAGACACCGCCCACAGUACCUUGUCCACCAAUGGCAGACGCAAGCAGCUGCAGCCGCUCUCCAGCCAGGAAGGCAGUGAUGAAGGUGAAGAGGAGCUGUACAGGACAGGGAACAGUAGUGAUGGAGCGGGACCUAUACCUCCAGCUAACAGCUUUCUGUAUGUGGGGGUCAUGACAGCCCAAAAGUACCUGGCCUCCAGGGCCGUGGCUGCCUACAGGACAUGGACCCCCAGUAUCCCCGGCCGAGUGGAGUUCUUCUCCAGUGAGGGCUCUGAGAAUGUGCCCUUGCCAAUCGCAGUGCCCGUCAUCUCGCUGACUGGGGUGGAUGAUUCCUACCCCCCUCAGAAGAAGUCUUUCAUGAUGCUAAAGUACAUGCACGACCAUUAUCUGGAUAAAUAUGAGUGGUUUAUGAGGGCUGAUGAUGAUGUCUACAUCAGAGGUGAGAAGCUGGAGUCAUUCCUUCGAUCUCUUAACAGUAGUAAGCCACUGUAUCUGGGUCAGACAGGUCUUGGUACCACAGAGGAGUUGGGUAAAUUAGCCUUGGAGCCCGGAGAGAACUUCUGCAUGGGUGGUCCCGGGAUGAUCUUCAGCCGAGAAGUUCUCCGCAGGAUGGUGCCACACAUUGGGUCCUGUCUCAGGGAAAUGUACACUACUCACGAAGAUGUGGAGAUAGGACGCUGCGUCAGACGUUUUGGAGGAACCCAGUGCGUCUGGUCAUAUGAGAUGCAGCAGUUGUUCUAUGAGAACUAUGAGCACAACAAGAAAGGAUUCAUUCAGGAACUUCACAGUAGCAAGAUCCAUAACGCCAUCACGCUGCACCCCAACAAGCGUCCAGCUUACCAGUACCGGCUACACAGCUACCUUCUUAGCCGGAAGAUCUCUGAGCUGCGGUACCGCACUAUUCAGCUGCACCGUGAAGGCGUCACUAUGAGCCAUCUCAGCAACACUGCUGUGCAGUGGGAGGACCAGUUACUGGGUGCGCCACCUUCCUACACUCGCUACCGGCCAACAGAACGUGAAGAAGUCAUCGAGUGGGACUUUGUUACCGGUAGGCACCUGUACUCCACCGGUGAGAAGCAGAUGCCCCGUCAGGGUCUUGGAAACCUGGUCCGCUCAGCACUAGAAGAUACAGUGCUUCAAGUAAUGGAAAUGAUCAAUGAGAACUCCAAAACUCGAGGCCGCAUCAUAGAUUUCAAAGAGAUCCAGUAUGGUUAUAGACGAGUGGAUCCACUUCAUGGUGCCGAAUACAUCUUGGACCUUCUGCUACUUUACAAGAAGCACAAGGGUAGGAAAGUGACAGUGCCGGUACGCAGACACGCCUACCUUCAGCAGUCCUUCAGUCGGCCGUUCUUCAGCGAGACAGAGGAACUGGAUAUUGGCGAGCUACAAGAUGUCAUCAAUGGCGACUCUCGAUCACUCUCUUUCCUCUCCAGCUCGCUUAAGAUCUUCUCUUCCUUCCAAAAUGCAGAUUCCACAAAAGAGAUGCAGGAGCAGAGCCAGACAAAAGUCCACUUUCUUGUACCGCUGACUGGGCGCUACGAAAUAUUUGUACGAUUCAUGGAAAACUUUGAGAGAGUCUGUUUGAUCCCCAACCAGAAUGUAAAACUGACCAUAAUUCUAGUUGAUAAUGAUACAAACCAGGAUAAGGAAAGACAUCUAGAGCUGAUCAAGGAAUAUCACAACAGAUAUCCCAAAGCAGACCUAUCUAUCAUUCCUAUGACAGGAGGCUUCUCUCGGGGUCUGGCUCUUGAGAUAGGCUCUUCUCAGCUAAGGAACAACUCGCUGUUGUUUUUCUGCGAUGUGGACCUGAUCUUCAACACCGAUGCCCUUCAAAGGUGUCGAGACAACACCAUUGAGGGAAGCCAAGUCUAUUUCCCUGUCGUCUUCAGUCAGUAUGAUCCCAAAAUAGUCUAUGCCGGUGACCCACCAGAAGACAGCAACUUUGUUUUUACCAAGAAAAGCGGAUUUUGGAGGGAUUAUGGAUUUGGUAUCACCUGCAUAUUCAAAAGCGACUUGCUCAAAGCUGGCGGGUUUGAUACUGCAAUACAAGGCUGGGGUCUAGAAGAUGUUGAUUUGUUCACGAAAGUCAUUAAUUCUGAUUUGAAAGUGUUUCGCUCUCAAGAACCAGGUAUUGUGCAUAUUUAUCACCCAGUCUCUUGUGACACACAUUUAGAGCCCAAGCAAUACAAAAUGUGUGUUGGAUCAAAAGCGAGCACUUACGCAUCCACGAUGCAGUUGGCCGAAUUGUGGUUGUCCAAACAUUUAGGCAUCGGUUAUAACAGGACUUCCUCCUGAUACUCCAACCAGUCCCUGUGCAGAAAUCACUGGAGUUUACCUCAGAUCUGCAAACAGCAAUGCAUUCACUGUAUGUGUGAGUAUCUGUAGGGGUUCUGGGUCAAUGUAUGUCAUUUUGGUACACUCCAGCAACUUCAGAGCAACGUUUGCUACAUAGUCUGUUACAGCAUCUUCCAAAGUAUAUUUAUUGGACAGGUCUGAAAAGUCCCUUUAGGGCUCAUGCUGUCUUUUCCAAUCUGUUCAUAUGGUCAGGUGCAUGCUCAUGUCAUGAAAACCACAAUUGAUGUGGUUGAAUUGAAUUUAAUGAGGUUCUAAAGCAAUGGUCUCAAACUCAAUUCCUGGAGGGCCACAGCUCUGCACAGUUUAGCUCCAACCACCUCCAACUCUCACCUGCUUAAUCGCCUCUAGUAGUCUUGAAAAAUCCGUUGUGUUUGAUUAGGGUUGGAGCAAAAUCAUGUAGAGCUCCAGGAAUCCAGUUUGAGACCUAUGUUUUAAGGAAUAAGGAGAUUGUUUUCUUUGUAUGUCAUUUAAAAGAAACAAGCUAUUUCACAUUGCAGUGGUUAUAAUAAAUCUAUUAAUAAUUAUGACAAUAAUAAUAAUAAUAAUGUACAGAUUUGCCACAAAUGUGCUUUAAAUUCCCUUGCUUGGGAAAGUGUCAGGACAAAUCGAGUUUUCUUAAUUCUAUUUUAAGGAGAAAUGCCGUACCGUAUUGGAGUAUUUUUUUUAAUGGACGUUAACUGUUUUAUUUUAUGUUCUACUUGCUCUAUGAUUUUAUGGUACUGGUUACCUUGUGACUUUUGUUUCCUUGUGUGCUACAACAACUUGCUUUGUGUCUUUUCAAUUGAUUUUAAUUUGUCUGUUUGUUGGCAGAAAAAAACUCGGUGGCAUUUAAAUUAUUUAUAAUAAAAUUCUGAAAUGUAUACUUGAAA